AAAUGUAUGCUUGCUUCCGUUUUACUGUUUGUGUUUUAUUACCGUUUCUCUGUGCUGUGUUUUUAAGUGUUACUGACGCCUUUUCCUCAUCAUCUACCUCUGAAAACUCAACUAGUCCUUCUUUCUCACUCAUUUGUUUAAUGUAUUUAUCAAUAUCAAUAUAUAUUUAAUGUGUAUAUCCACCAUGAUCAAUUGAUCAUAUAUUCAUAUUCCUUUCCUGAAACCACCGCAGACAACAAUUGGCAAUUCAUUACUACUCUACCAUUUUUAAUUCAUUUCAGCAGCGUUUACCAUUCUUCUAUUCACAUAUGCCGCUUCUGCAACCAAGACACUUUCUUUGUUGUUAUCUGGUUUGAAAAAAAAUUGUACUGUGGAAAAGGGGCUCUCAAGAUCUGGGCUUUCAGAGGUUUCUUUCUUGUAUCCAGUUGUUAUAAAGUGGUUCUUUGACAUUGUCAAGGAUGGCUUCUGACCUUAAUGCUGAGCUCUCAAAGAACGUUGGGGGUUCGGGCAUCAAGGUUUGGGAAUUUAUCGGAAUAAUUGUAGGGCUAUUGAUCGUGAUUAUCCUCUUUGUGUUGACAUACUAUCUUACCUCGCAAAAGAAACUAAGAAGGGCUCAGGAAAGGCGUCCUCUUAGCCAGAUACCUACUGUUUCAAAAGAAAUUAAAGAAGUACGGGUAGAGCAGGUGUCGACCGAGGAAUUUGCUCCACGCGAUGGAAUUCUUCUCACCAUUCAAGAUAAAUCAAGUGACAAAGAAUCAGACAGGGUCUUGGUUCAUCUUGGGAUGCAAAAGGCAAAAAAUGCAGAUAACAGCAGCCAGUCAGGCUCGUUCCGUCAUAUUGAUAAAGAUAUUUGCGGGUCACAAUCAGGCGAGGAAGGGAGUUCGGGGACUUUUGCGUCGUACAAACCAUCCUCGUCGCAUCCAAUAACUGCUCCUUCUCCUUUAAGUGGUCUGCCUGAGUUUUCGCAUUUGGGUUGGGGUCAUUGGUUUACUUUAAGAGACCUUGAGCUCGCCACAAAUAGAUUUUCAAAGGAGAAUAUUCUUGGAGAGGGUGGAUACGGAGUUGUUUAUCGAGGACAGCUUAUUAACGGUACUCAGGUGGCUGUUAAAAAGCUCCUCAACAACCUAGGUCAAGCAGAAAAGGAAUUCGGAGUGGAGGUUGAAGCUAUUGGCCAUGUGAGGCACAAAAAUUUGGUUCGACUUUUGGGAUACUGUAUCGAAGGAACUCAUAGGAUGCUAGUCUAUGAGUAUGUUAACAAUGCCAAUUUAGAACAGUGGCUUCAUGGAGCUAUGCGCCAUCAUGGAUAUCUUACAUGGGAGGCCCGGAUGAAGAUCCUCCUCGGCACUGCUAAAGCUCUUGCCUACUUGCACGAGGCAAUUGAACCAAAAGUUGUUCAUCGGGACAUAAAAUCCAGCAACAUUCUGAUUGAUGAAGAGUUCAAUGCUAAGGUCUCUGAUUUUGGCCUGGCCAAACUGCUUGGUGCAGGAAAAAGUCACAUCACAACUCGGGUGAUGGGUACGUUUGGGUAUGUUGCCCCUGAAUAUGCAAAUACUGGCCUUCUAAAUGAGAAGAGUGAUGUUUAUAGUUUUGGGGUUUUACUACUGGAAGCAAUUACUGGAAGAGAUCCGGUUGACUAUGGGCGACCUGCUCCAGAGGUUAAUCUAGUUGACUGGCUAAAAGUGAUGGUUGGAAGUAGGCGAUCAGAGGAAGUAGUAGAUCCAAACAUUGACACAAGACCAUCUACUCGAGCCCUCAAAAGGGCACUUUUGACUGCUUUGAGAUGUGUCGAUCCAGAUUCUGACAAGAGACCUCGGAUGAGUCAAGUUGUCCGAAUGCUUGAAUCAGAAGAAUAUCCCAUACCUAGAGAGGAUCGAAGGCACAGAAGAACGCAAGCAAGUGGCGCUCAUAUGGAUUCACAGCGUGAUAAUUAUGAUACUGAUAAAAGUGACAGUCAAGAGCCAAAGUCAGAGAGCAAGCAAUAUUGAUGAACUUCUUCUGAAGAGGAAAUCCCGGGAAACACGAACUUCUACCUAGCAACUAAUGAUUUGCUCGGCAACCAGCUAGAGCAAAAGGAAGUAGAUUGGUGCAACUGCUGGGAUUCUUGCUCUUCCUUCUCCUUUUUUCCAUUUUUUUUGUGCUUGUAUAUUUUUUCGUUUGUUUACGGUUGAUUAUUGCCUGAUGUUUCUAGCAUGAUUCAUUCUUAUAAAAUAUUUUAUAGAUAGAUGGUUGCUUUUAUGAUUGAAGUGGAGAAACCUUAUUCAAACAGGCUUUAUAUGUUUGAUGUAGUGCCUCAUUUGUACGUUUAUGUAUAUCUUUUUGGGUAGUAUGGAAAUUUCAACAUCCUAGUUUAUAAA